AUGUUGGGGAGGGAGACCGUGGGCUCGGCGUCGACUGGAGGUGGAGGAGCCAACGGCAGCGUGCGCGGGUGUGGGGAGGGUGGGAGCCGCUGCGGGUGCGGGGAAGGGGUGGGGAAAAAGGUGGCGGCGACGAUCUGGAAGGGGAGGAGGCGACGAGUGGCUGGUCCAAAUCACACCCCCCCCCUCCGCUACCCUGCUCGCCAUCUCGGGGUGGUCGCCUCCGCGUCUCCUAAGGGCGCGGAGGCGUCGGAAGCGGCGAGGGAGCGGCGGCGUUUCCUGGAGCGCUACGGCCUCAACCUUGACGACUUCGAGGAGGAUGUCGAGCCGGAUCCUAGGGAAGAUAGGAGGAGGGAGAUGCGGAUGCGGUGGUCGGGUAGAGGGGAGGAGGAGGCCGCUGUUUCUCCUGCCAGGUCGGUGGAGCGCCGGGAGACUCAUAAGAUGCUUCAGGUACUAGCUGGGAAAGUACGCAGAAGAAAACUACUAUCACCAAAAGAUAGGAAUGUUCGUCCGAUGAUGGAAGUUGUCCGAGGAGCAGCCUUUGACAUUAUAGUAGUUGAUAGAAAAGCUCAUAGUUACGACGUUAUUCAUGGCAAUGAUCACACAUAUAUGCAUAGUGUUCAUGACAAGUAG